AUGGUUGGGUUGAUGGUUGGUUUGGUGGUUGGGUUGAUGGUUGGUUUGGUGGUUGGGUUGAUGGUUGGUUUGGUGGUUGGGUUGAUGGUUGGUUUGGUGGUUGGGUUGAUGGUUGGGUUGAUGGUUGAUGGUUGGUUUGGUGGUUGGGUUGAUGGUUGGGUUGAUGGUUGGUUUGGUGGUUGGGUUGAUGGUUGGUUGGUUGGUUUGGUGGUUGGGUUAAUGGUUGGUUUGGUGGUUGGGUUGAUGGUUGGUUUGGUGGUUGGGUUGAUGGUUGGUUGGGUUGAUGGUUGGGUUGAUGGUUGGUUUGGUGGUUGGGUUGAUGGUUGGGUUGAUGGUUGGUUUGGUGGUUGGGUUGAUGGUUGGUUAGGUUGA